AUGAAGAAAGAGACCGAAACCAAAAAGAGGACCACCCAUCAACAUGAAGAGGCCAAGGAGGAGGAGGAAUUCCAUGUUGACCAGCCCGUGCAGACUGAGCACCAUCGACAGGCGGUGGUCAUUCAUGAUGAAGCAAAGAACCAGAACUACAAAGUAAAGGACACCAACAAUGAGAUAUCUGGCGAGUCGAGACGCCAUUACCAGAACCACAAAGUAAAGGACACCAAUGUACAAGUAGACACAUCUGGCCACCAUGACGGCGAGUCGAGACACGUGUACCAGUUGUAUCAGAAGGAUAGGAUACUACGCGACAAGUCAAGACGCGAGUACCACUCCGAUGAGAGGGAAAAGAUAGUACGCCAUGUUCUUGGUGAGGACAUUGAAGAUGGUGCAAGAUUUCACAGAACUGUUGAAAAGGAUUUGGUCAGAGAAGGCAGAACAGACAAGCAUCGGGUAUUGGUGGCCAAAGAAUGGCAACACCCAGAAGAUGACUCAGGAGGCUAUGUUCAAGGACAACAGAGCCAACGACCGCGAAAAAAUACUAUCUCACAAGUCGGGGCCUUUGCCGUGGAAGGAAUUGGUGUGGUUGAAGAAAGAAGCAGUGGAGUGAUGAACAACAACAGUAACCAUGACAACAGCGAAGCAGUCAUCGACGGAGCUGUUCUUGUUGAUAAUGACACAUCUCUUGCAGAUAAAACAGUCUUCAUGGAAGAAGGGACAAGCCAUAAAGGCAACAAAGAAGAAGAAGAGGUGAUUGAAGGAACAAUCAUGCAGAACAGUGAUGUCCAAAGUAAUGUGUAUCCCUGGUUAGGCUUGGCCUUCCUGGCUGUGACUGGUUUGGUGGUUUUUCUUGCUUUGUACCUUCCUUCGACUUCCAGCUCAUUGAGUGUUGGUAGCAAUAGCAGUCAGACUGUGCAUGAUGCAGCCAAUAACUCUCCCAUCAUCUAUCCGCCCUUUCAGGAUGAUUUGCUCACAAGCACACUCAAGGCCAUCCUCAACACAUCCACCCCCGCUUAUCUUGCCAAUGCCUGGAUUUGGAAUGACCCUAAUUUUGCAAACUACUCUCAUGAAAGACAACGUCAAAGGUUUGACUUGGCAUACUGGUACUACGCGACAAAUGGUCACAACUGGUUCCGAAAUGACUACUGGCUCAGCUAUAACAUCAAUGAAUGUGACUGGUUCACACAGGCCCACAACGAGAGCAUUCUACACUAUGACAACUAUCCUGUCUGUGAUGAGAACAACACUCUCCUCAUUUUCAACCUAAAUUCAAACAAUCUGCAGGGGACCCUUCCAAUAGUCAAUGGAGUACUAACAAAUAUUCUGACAUUUGAUGUUGGGAACAACCAGUUGCAUGGGGCUGUUCCAGCCGGGGCUGCUGCAACCAAUGAAGUCCUGGAGGUGUUCAUUGUAUCCAACAACAACUUUGAAGGUCAGUUGACUUCCAGUGGUGGCUUCAGACCUUUUGGGAUACGAAUCAUCAAGCUGGAUGGCAACUUUCUGCUUGGAUACAUGGAUCCCCUCCACAAGUACUUGACCAAGUUGGAAAUCGUGAAUGCUUCCAGCAAUCUCUUUGGGCUCUAUGGCGGCAAGCUUUCAGAGACGUUUAACAGUAAGAGUCUCUUCUACUAUGGGAAUGCGGAUAAUCUGCUCACUGGAACCAUCCCAACCGCACUGGGAGUACUCCCAGCUUUGGAAACCAUUGAUUUCCACGGCAAUCCAGGUUUGUUUGGUAUGAUACCCACAGAGCUUGGUGAGUUGACCAAUCUGACUCUUUUGGACCUGUCCUAUACAAACGUUUCUGGACCAGUCCCUACAACGCUCUGUGACCGAGUUGGAAGUGGCUUGCUGGAGAUUCGGGCCAACUGCAGCCUUGUAGACUGCUGCUCUGUGAGCUCCCCCCUACCAAAUAGAUCCUAG